AUGUCCCAAGUAAAACAAUUGAAAGCCGCCUUAGGUAAGAUCGAUACCGGUUACGGUUUGAUGAGUUUGACCUGGAAGGACGUUCCAGUCCCAAAGGAUCAAGCCUUCAAAUGUAUGCAUAGAGUUAUUGAACUUGCUAUGCAACGUGGUAAUAAAGCUUUUUUCAACGUUGGUGAAUUCUAUGGUCCAAAUUUCAUAAAUUUGAACUACGUCAAGGAUUUUUUCAAAAAAUACCCUGAUCUAAGAAAGAAUACUAUUAUUAGUUGUAAAGGUGCUUACAGUACUGUCACUUACAAACCUCUUUUGAAGACUGAUGAAGUCAUUAAGAGUGUUAGAGAUUGUGUGGAACAAAUCGGUGGUUACAUUGAUAUUUUCGAACCUGCUAGAUUGGACCCUGAAGCUGCUGACGAAAGUGAAGUAUAUGCACAUGAACCCUUUGAUGCUUUGGCUGCUUUAGUUGAAGAAGGUGCCAUUGGUGGGAUUUCCUUAAGUGAAGUUACCGCAGAGGAAAUUGUUGCUAUCCACAAGGAUUAUGGUAAGUAUUUGGUUUGUGUGGAAGUCGAAUUGUCCAUGUUCACUAAGGACAUUUUGAAUAAUGGUAUCGCUAAGGCUUGUAAUGACCUUAACUUAGUUGUCAUCUGUUACUCUCCAUUAGGUAAGGGUCUAUUGACGGGUACUAUUAAGAAGAAUGAAGAUAUUGAAGCUGGUGAUGUCAAGAAGGGUUUGAAGAUUUUCCAUGGUGAUGCUUUGAAGCAAAAUUUGCUGUUGGUAAAAUUUUUGGAAGAAGAAAUUCUUGCCAAACGUGAUCCAGCUCAUCCCAUAACUUUACCACAAAUUGCUUUGGGUUGGAUCAAGCAUUGGAACCGUCAACCUGAAUUUAGCGGCGCCAGAUUUAUCCCAAUCCCAAGUGGGUCCACUUUAGAAAAGAUCAACCAAAACUUUGAAGAAGACAAGUGUAGAAUUACUGAAGCAGAAUUUGAAAAGAUUGAAAAUUACUUGGAUGAUUUUAAGGUUGUAGGUGGUAGAUAUGAAUUUAUCGGACAUUGA